AUGCGCACCAAUGUCGUGUCCUCUGUUUGCUUCCUGUUGCUCCUCGAGCUCUUCUCCAGCGGCGCCGGCUCCAACGUCACAGACAGCAAUCAGCUCUACGAUGACCUGAUUGUGACGGCUGGCUACAAUGCCCGGAAUAUCCCAAGCGCCAACUACUCAGUGCCCUUACCGAUCAAGGUGGAACUGUCGCUGCUUGCUAUUAACGAACUGGAUGACGUAGGCGAAACGUUUCGAGUUACUGGAUAUUUGAGCGUAAAAUGGAAAGACGCAUCUCUGGUCUGGAAAGCAAGCGAUUACAAUGGGCUAUAUUCUGUGACGUGGCCGCAGAAAGAUGUGUGGCACCCCGACAUCACCCUGUCCAACUCAUUUCUGGACUACCAACAAGUUGGUGACGACAAACUGCUACUGUAUAUUGCGAAAAAUGGAAAGAUUUAUUGGUACCCCUUUCAGUUAGACAUGACUAGUGAUGGUGUGUAUCUUGGGAAUUUCGAGGCCAGUUCCAGUUGGGAUAUUGUAGACACUUUGGGGUACACGGAUACGAAUCAGGAGGAACCCAAUGUUAGGUUCAGAAUAACAAUGAAAAGGAAGCCCCUGUUUAUUAUCGUGACGGUAGUAUUCCCCAUCCUUGCCUGUGCACUCUUGAACAUCUGUGUGUUUUUACUUCCGGUCGAAAGCGGUGAGCGAGCGGGCUACUCAGUCACAAUUUUCCUCGCUCUGGCUGUCUUUCUCACCAUCAUUUCUACGACUCUCCCAGCUAAUUCAGAGAAAAUAGCAAUUUUCUCUGUGUAUCUGAUAAUAACCACAGUGGCCAGUACGGUGACAACCAUCAUUGCACUUUUUACUAUCAGGAUCAGCAUCUUUCAGAACCCGAUCCCACAACGGCUCAACAAAGCAAUGAACUUCAUAACCUGCAAAACGAGAAAGAACCGAAAAAUUACAACAGUCGAACCAAUUGAUACUGAGGCUGGGAAAAGCGAUUUACCAACGAAAGUUGCCACGUCCGAGGAAGCCGGCCUUGAGCUUAAGGACUACACGUGGAACGACGUCAUCAGGUUCAUUGACGUGGGCUGCAUAUUCUUCUUCUUUACUGUCAUUGUUCUAUCAACGGUGAUAUGUUUGGCCAUAGCAGCCCUAUGA